AUGGCUCCGCGGAACACGGCGGGCCAGGAGUCGCCCUCCGAAUCGAAUCCGCGAAAUUUGGCGGCGAUCUUGAACGACGGCGCGGGGAACGUGGAGCGGUGGGGAAAAGAGAUUAUAGAUCGGAAUAUCACCGUGCGGUUCGGGAAAGACUUUCUAGAUCGGAACGUUGCGGAUCAAUGGGGGAAAGCGCGGGGAAAAGGGACUAUGAAUGAGAUCGUGGAAGGGUGGGGGAAGGGGUUUCAAGAUCGGAUCCGAAGCUUCGUUCCGCCUUCCAGAACUGCGGCGGAGAGCAUCGGAAGGGUGGCGGAAGGCGGAAGGUAUGCGGCGGCGCUAGAGGCCACAUCUGGGGACGGUGGCAUCGUAACGCGUAUAGCGCCGACAGCAGCAGGGCGCGUGGGAGUGAUACGUGCUUCUUUUUCAUCGCGUCUGCCGUUAGCGCGUAUAGAACCCCCUCCCGCUGCAGUAGCUACUUCGAGAACUGAAGAACUUACGAAGAGCGAAUCUCCGGACCGCGAAUGGCGGAAUGGCGGUGCGGCUGACGUGGGCGGAGCUGGAAGCAGCGGCUCGGCUGGACGAGGAGCCGGCGACGCCGACUCUAGCGCCGCGCCACCCUGGCAGAUGCCGCUGAGGGAAGCUUCGAGGAAGGUGGCGGAGCUCGGGCGAGCAGUGAAGGGUCUAUGGAAGGGGAGGAAAGAUGACGUCAGCGGCGCUGGAACAGGAACAGAUGGUGCUGGUGCGGGCAAGCAGAGCAGCAGCCUAGCCUCUCUUUCGCAGUUCCCUGAUGCGGAGGAGAGGCAGCUAGCAGCAGCUCUGGCCAGCGGCAAACGAGCUACCCUUAUCCAGUUUUACGCCCGCCGCUGCCGCCUCUGCCGGUCGCUCAGCCAGCUCACCGCUGAGCUGGCGCGACGCAACGCUGACUGGCUCAACGUGGUGCCUGCUGACGUGGAGAACAGCCGAUGGCUGCCUGAGGUGGGGCACUACAGCAUCAAGUACGUGCCAUGGUACGUGCUGCUGGACGGACGCGCAAGUGUCUUCUGCUUCUGCUCUCCACCCCUGUUUAAUCAUUCAUGUGUGUGCCUGCCCAAACAGGUGGGGUACUACAGCAUCAAGUACGUGCCAUGGUACGUGCUGCUGGACGCGCGAGGGAGAGCCUUCUGUGGGGCACUACAGCAUCAAGUACGUGCCGUGCUACGUGCUGCUGGACGGGCGGGGGAGAGCGCUGGCGAAGACAGGCGAGCCGUACAGCCGCAAGCACGUGGUGAAGGGGCUGGCUUACCUGGUGGAGAGCAUCCGCCCCUACCGGCGGCGCCCUUCAGAGGGACAGGUGGCAGUGUCAGAGGGGCAGCAGGAGGGUGGAAAGGAGCAGGAGCAGCAGAAGUAGGGGUAGUGGUAGCAGCAGCGGUGGGGAAGACAGGCGAGCCGUACAGCCGCAAGCACGUGGUGAAGGGGCUGGCUUACCUGGUGGAGAGUAUUCGGCCCUACCGGCGGCCCCCUGCUGCUGCUGUCAGUACAUCCGCACAGGAGGGGCAGCAGGGGGUAGACAAGGAGCUGGAGGUGCUGGGGUAG